AUUGUUCUUCUUCUUUCUCCGUCUCUCUCUCUCUCUCUCUCGCUGUCUUUCCGAGCAGCAAGCAGCAAUGGCGGCGGCGAUGAUUCUCUCCUGCAGGUAUCUGCUCAUCUGCAGCGCGACGCUUGCGCUGCUGCUGCUGCGACUGUGCAGCGGGCUGAGCCUGGACACGGUGAGGGAGUUCCUCACGAGGGAGGAGGACACCGUCGUGUUCGGCCUCAUCGAGCGGGCCAAGCACCCGCGCAACACGCCGGCCUACGACCCCGGCUACCUCGCCGGCGGCGGCCAUGGCCACGACGCCUCUUUCGCCGAGAUGUUCGUGCGCGAGUCCGAGGCGGUUCAGGCCAAGGCAGGAAGGUACCAAAGCCUGCAGGAGAUUCCUUUCUUCCCUUUCAGAGUGCCUUUCACAUUGGCACCUCCAUAUAACUUCACAACCGAGCUGUAUUCUGCAGCCGCAUUAGUUAAUGUGAAUGAUGCCAUAUGGAGCAUGUAUUUCAAUGAGUUGCUCCCUCUCCUGGCCAAGAAUGGCGAUGAUGGCAACUAUGCUGCAACUGUUUCAUCAGAUCUUGUAUGUCUGCAGGCACUCUCAAGAAGGAUCAACUAUGGGAGGUAUGUGGCAGAAGUGAAGUUCAUAGGCGACCAGCAGAACUACACAACUUUAAUUCGUAACAAGGACACGGAUGCCCUGAUGAAAUUGUUGACAUCUGAAGCCCAGGAAGAUGUGGUGAAGAGAAGGGUUCAGAAGAAGGCCAUGGUGUUCGGUCAAAAUGUGACAUUGGAUGGACCAGUUGAAACUGGCAACAGCAACAGUAGCCAAACAAGUUUCAAAGUUGAUCCUUCAUUAGUGUAUAAACUGUAUGACAAAUGGGUGAUUCCAUUGACUAAACAAGUGGAGGUCGAGUACCUGCUCCAUCGUCUUGAUUGAAUCAAGCAUUUAUCUAGCUAACCUAUUUGUUCAAAGUGUAACUAAGUUGUCACAUGAAAGAUUGAAAUGAUACACCAAUAAUAACAUGCAGCAAGGUCUGCAGAUUGUUCAGUUCA